GGCAAACAGCGCGGCAAGCAGCGCUGACACGUCGGGCAAGUCGCAACAGGCCUUUCGCGCAACGACCGCGCUGGCACCCUCAAGUUGCCAGAGCAUAAAGCUAUGCACAUUACACCUGCAUCGCUGCGAGUCCAGGCAUGAGCGGCGGUGAGAACUCAGAACCAAAGCUACAGGCAAAUCGUACUUUUUUCGCUCACCUGCAGACAGCGCCCUGGCUGCUUGCCGACGAAGCCAUAUUCAUACUUGCAGCAAGCACCUUACAUUUCAACACCUGAAGACACAGCAUAGCCACUUGGCGUCUCACUGUUCCCACAUCCCUACGAAACUCGUUGCUCGCAGCCCCCACGAUGGGGUCCAGCCAACUAGAUUUUGAGUGUCCUCUAGCUCGCAUAUCAACGCACAAGCGGAGAGCAACUAUGCCCCGCUUUCUGGCGCUGCUGGCCCUCGCGUCGCUUCCACUUUCACUUGGGCUCACGAUAGGGGACCAGGACAUGCGAGCGGGGACCAUUGGGCAACAAUUGAAUACGUUGAGAAGUGGGCUGGGGUGGCACGACUGCUCAUGCGGCACGAUCCUGCGACCAAAGCACACGGAGGAGGUGGCGGACAUCGUGAUGGCCCUAUACCGCGACCAGCAGGUCACAGGCCAGAAGUACCUGGUCCGCGCCAGCAGCCAGGGAUUCAUGUCACACAACAACUUUAGCUGCGCCUGCGCCAGCGUCGCAUCGGACACGCGUGCAGUAAUGCUGGACAUGUCGGCUAUGAACAAGGUGCUGGAGUUCAACGAUGACCGGGAGACGGUCACAGUGCAGGCAGGCAUCACCUUUGAGGCCCUGGAGCGCACGCUGCUGGAGUACGACAUGAGCCUGCCGGGCGUGGUGGUGGCGCCGCAGCUGUCGGGCAUGACCGUGGGCGCCGCCAUUGUGACCAGCGCGCACGGCAGCUCGCUGGUGGGUCCCGCCAACAUCGCGGCCUUCCUGCAGUCGGCGCUGCUGGUGGACGGCACCGGCGACAUCCACACGCUGGACACGCCCGGCGAGCUGCUGGAGGGCAGCCUGGGCAUGCUGGGCGUGGUGACGGAGGUGACCAUGUACGUGCAGGCCAAGAAGAAGAUGGCGGUGCGCCAGAUCAUGAGCGAGGACUUUGACCUGGUGGCAGACCUGCGCGACAUCAUCGACAACAGCGAGGCGCUGGCGCUGGACGUAACCUGGAACCCCACCGCCGGCAUGUACCAGGCGCGCGUGUGGCACGAGACGGACGCGGGCUCGCGCGGCGACGCGCGCAACAUGGUCCUGCAGCCGCCGGCAGACUGGCUGGCCGCGCUUCCGGACCGUGUGCACGCCGACCAGCUGGACGCACACGAUCGCGAGGGCCACAUGUGCGAGAUCAUUGGCGAGAUGAGCCACUUCCCGCCCUUUGUGCACUCGCCCGGCCAGGAGCCGGACGAGUCCACUCCGCCCGACACGGCGGUGGGCUGGCUCAACCACAUGGCCUCCGCCUCCUGCACGCCCCACCCCGGCCUGGCCGACGCCGCCAAGGCCGCGGGCGCCAAGGGUGUGCUGCACGGCAGCGCCCCCUCCCCCUCCUGCCUGCUGGGCGCCGCCAAGUGGACACCCUACGAGCUGGCCAUCCACUCGCAGGACUUUUCCGCCUGGCUGGCCGACGCGCGCGCCGUGCUGCGGCACGCGCGCGGCUGCCCACCCUUCACCCUCACCUUCCGCUUCGUGGGCGAGUCCGACGCGCCGCUGGCGCUCAGCAGCGGGCGCCAGGUGGUGGCCGUUGAGCUGUCCGUGCUGUCGUCGCCGCGCGCCGGCGGCCUGCCGCCCAAAUUUGCUCGCCUGCACGAGGAGCUGCUGCAGAUGACCAUGUGCAAGUACAACGGCCGCCCCCAGUGGGCGCUCGCCACCAACCGCCUGUUCCGUGGCGCCCCCUGCGCCGUCCGUGACCUGUACGGCAGCGCCUUUGACAAGUUCCUAGCGCAGCGCAGCUCGUACGACCCCGCGGCCAUGUUUGUGCCCCCGCUGUUUGAGGAUGUGGUGGAGCGGCGCGAGGCGGUGCGCUACCCCGGAUGCGCCGCGCGCAUGGACUGCUUCUGCACGGCCGACGAGCACUGCGGCCGCGGCCACGUGUGCGUGCCCGGGCAUGAGUUCCCUGAGUACCGCGUGUGCGCGCCCAUUGAGCAGCAGGAGCGCCACGAGCUGUAGGCGGUGUGCUGUGGCGCGUGGGGGGAGGGCGGGGCGCAUGGUCAACUGGGUUAGCGGGCAGGUGUGUUGGGGUGAUUGGGCGCAGCAGGGCAUUUUGCAUGAAUUUGUAGAGGGGUAAUGGUGGCAGAGAGCCCACGAUGUCGGUGUGUGUAUGUUCUAGUUGGUGUGUAUCCGACAAUUAAUUCUUCUCUCAUUGAUUCCUGAAGUCCAGAGGGCCUUAGGACUGGUCUUCUGAUUGUCAGGGCCAGCUAGACCACUAGCAACUAAGGCGCAAUGCGCGGGGUGCUGAAUGUUUAGCGUGCGUUCGGUGCAUGCUGCGCAAGUGGCGAUGCCAUGAACUGGACCGGUGCUGGGAUUUGAUAUGCACCGUACGGCUUAGCUGCAACGAUAGAACAUAAUGGCCAUAGUAAAUUGCUGCUUCAGAUGAGGCAGCAGCGGUGUAGGGCGGCAGGAGAACGUGUGGAGCAGCAGCGCAGGGUCAAGGCGGGGCCAACAGCUCCCGGGGCUGCUAUAGUUUGCGUGUCAAGGCGCUGCCCCUGGGCUAGUGUACAGUCAAUGCGCUGUGCACGGCACAGGUAAAGCCUGUGAUGUAACUUAUAAAAGCA